ACAUUCUGUCUUAUUCGAUUGUUGAAAUAAUCACCAUUAAAGCAGGAUGGAGUGCGAAGUGUACGAUUUGGAGCGGAUCUGCCGAUCGUGCCGCCAGCAGAGUCACAACCAGCAAUCAAUAUUCACUUGCGUUGGCACCAAUGGCAUAACACUGCUGGAAAUGUUAUCCUCCUUCACGCAUAUUCAGAUUCAUUUCAACGACGAAAUGCCUCGAAAUAUUUGUGGAACUUGCGUGAGCGAUGUGACUGCGGCUUAUACGUUCCGGAAGCAGUAUGAGCAAAGUGACCGGCUUCUUCGAGAGUACAUUAGUCGUAGAAGGUUGAAUGAAGACCGUGGCCCAAUGAGUAUAAAAAUGGAAAUCGUUGAAAUUAAGCCUGAAAUAGGUUUUAUUGACGCCGAUCCUUUUGGAGCACCCGCCUCGGUUCAAACGUCAUCGGCAGAACCACGGACUCGUAAAAAGCCAUCCAAGCUGGACUUGGAUUCUGAUGGAGAUGAUGAUGAUUACGUGCCGGACGACAAAUUUGAAGCCUGUGGUAGUGAUAGCGACAGCGAAGUCGGAGAAAUAGAGCAGGUUACUGUAGAUGCGGAUGUGACCUUUAGCUCCGACGAAGAACCGUUGAUAAAAUUUGCCAAGGGAAAACUUGAAGCUUCCUGUAAAAUAUGUGAUACCACAUACAGUCGUAUAAUCGAUUUGAAAAAUCAUCUUCUAGUUCACGGGGAUACUAAAUGCUUCCCAAAUAUAGAUCUUGAACACAAAUCGUACCUUUUCGAGAAUCUACAGGUUGUUGAUUGUUAUAAAGAACAUCUUUCGCAAAAGGUACGCGAAGGUGAAGUAGCUCGGUUUUACCAGAUCGUUCGAACGGAUGGUGAAGAGCUCACCCUAAGUGAUUCAGACUCGGAAGUCGAAGUUGGAGCCUCAAUCGAAGGGUUGAACCGUCGCAAACAUGAAUGUGGCUUUUGUAGCAAAACUUUCUCGAGAUUAAAAAUGAUAAUGAAACAUGCUACCGAUAGUCAUUCGUCGGAUGAUCUCAAAGAAUGUACAUACUGUAAUAAAAGGUUCCCCAAUAACAAGCUUCUUGAAAGACAUCUUAAACGACAAUGUGAAAACUGUGAUAAGAGAGUUGUCUGCAAUAUUUGUAACGAACGUUUUCAAUGGCAAAGCAGCUUAGAGAUGCACACAAAGCGGAAACAUAAAUCCGUAGAAUCUAAGGCUGAUGUAAGUAACAAUGAACAAGAUGGACCUAAAAAGUACAGCUGUGAAAUAUGUGACCGUUCUUUUCUGCGUCAAUGGCAUUUGUUGAGACAUGCCGCAGCUCACGAUCCAUCGAUUGGCAAGAAAUACAAAUGUGGACAAUGUGAAAAGCAAUUCAAUCGUCGAGAUCACUAUCAGUCGCACCUGAGCAUACACAAAGACGGUGAGGUCGAGAUAGAAGAAACUAAGGAAGAUCGCAAGGAAGCAUCCAAACCUAAGGAUUGCACAGUUUGUGGGAGGACGUUCGUCCGCGAUUGGCACCUGGUGCGUCAUCUCAAAUCUCACGAAGAUGACAUCCAGUGUGAUCAUUGUGACGGUAAAUUUUCGACAAUGUUCUACGAACGGUAUAAGGAACACAUGGCUACCGAACAUCCUGACAAGGAAGUGAAGCCAAUGAUCUUUCCAGAAAUCAAGAAGCAAUCAAAUGAAGGAAGUGGUGAACUGGCUGCGGAUAGUAGCGUAUCUGUGGAUGGUAAAGAGCAGAAGUUUGUCUGUCCCAUCUGUGGCAAGGAGUUCAACCGUUCUCAGCAUCUUGCUCGGCACACCAAAAUCCAUAACCCUUCGGAGGUCAAGUUUGAGUGUACUGUUUGCCAGAAAAAGUUCAACCGAAAGGAUAACUUGCGGCUGCACAUGAAGAUCCAUUUCAAGGAUCCGUCCGAUACCACCAACAAGGCCAAUCAUCUAUGCAUUUACUGUGGCCGGGGGUUUGCAAGUUCGUACAACUUGACUGUGCACAUGCGCCGACAUACCGGCGAUAAACCAUACAAAUGUGAUAUAUGUGGAAAGGGUUUUCCUCGAUCUUUGGAUUUGAAAACACAUCGUCGAACGCACACCGGUGAGAAACCUUACGUGUGUACAAUCUGUGGAAAAGCAUUUUCAAGAUCACAUAGACUUGGACGUCACAUGCGA